AUGGCCACCCCGCCGCCCGCGCCGCACGGCCGCAGAAGACGGGGACUGCCCAGCAGCGAGGCCGACCGGAACCACUCGGCUGGGACUUCCGGGGAGGCCGGACUCGGUUUCACAGGGACCACUUCCGGGACGCACCGGAAGCUGCGCUGUCGGGGAAGCACCCAUUGGCCAUCACGCCGGAAGAGGCGGUUCUGGGGCUCGCGCCAAGGACGCACCCGGAAGCCUAGCAGGAGGGACGCCCCGCCGACAAGGAGCGCGUCGAUUUCGAGUGUCGCCAAACGGUGGCGCUGCCGCCUCGCGCAUGGCGGAGACCCCGGCGGUUCCUGCUCUCCUUUGGCCAGCAGCGGGCACCGCCUCUGGGAUUUAGGCCUGCGCUCUCCAGUUGCCUCUUGGCCUGGUCCCCGGGGCUCCAGAUCGCUGGGAGGUCCAGAGGUUGCCAUUGCCGACUGGCCCUCAGUGUCUCUGCCAGUCCAGGGAUCCCAGUUAUCUGGAUCUCCCCCUCUAGCCUGGAGGAAAGUUCUGGAAGCCAAGGCUGCCCGGGCCAGGGGCCUGUUGGAGCAACAGCUGUGCCAGGCCAAGGCUGCAGUGCAGAACUUCUGGCAAAAGCACCUCAACAUCUGUCAUCCUGACAUCUUUGUGUCUCCACAGCACCCCAACAUCCAUGCUGAGUCCAUCGUCUGCCUGUCCCUGCUGGAGCUGACGCAGAAGCUCCAGGAAGGGGUCCUGUGCCCAGAGCUCGUGGUAUACAGCUACAUGGAGCAGGUCCUGCAGGCACAGAAAGAGCUGAAUUGCCUCACUGGCCUCGUGCCUGGCUGGGAACAGCAGCUGCAGGAACUGCAGCAGCGGCUGCACCGUGGACCCCUGUACGGCGUCCCCAUCAGCCUCAAGGACAGCUACCAGUGCCAGGGCCAAGUAUCUAGCUGCGGCACAUUCACCUUGCUGGACAGUCCUGCCAUGGAGGACAGUGUGAUAGUGAAGGUGCUGAAGAGCCAAGGGGCUGUGGUGUUCGCCAAGACCAAUAUCCCGCAGGCCAUGAUGAGCUACAACAGUGGCAACCCUAUCUUUGGAAAUACUCUGAACCCCAAGAACCACAAGAGAAGCCCCGGGGGCUCAUCCAGUGGAGAGGCUGCGCUGAUCGCCACAGGGGCUUCCAUCCUGGGCCUGGGCACAGAUCUGGGUGGUAGCAUCCGCUUGCCUGCCAGCUUCUGUGGGAUCUGUGGCUUCAAGACUACGAGUGCCCGGCUAAGCUCGAAGGGUGUGACACCGAUACUGUCAGGCGCGAAGUUGGUGACAUCCAGCCUGGGGCCCAUGGCCAGGGAUGUGGACAGUCUGGUGCUGUGCAUGCGGGCGCUGCUGUGUGAUGAGCUGUUUCGCUUGGACCCCACCGUGCCUCCGCUUCCCUUCAAUGACCAGCUCUACUCCUGCUCCAAGCCCCUGCGCAUAGGCUACUAUGAGUCUAACGGCUUCUUCGAGCCCCUGCCCUGCAUGAAGAGAGCAAUGCAGCAGAGCCAGGAAUUGCUGGAGAGGGCAGGCCAUCAGCUCAUCCACUUCCCAGUUCUACAGAUAGAGUACAUGACUUUCGAGCUCUUUUAUGGAAGUUUCAUGGCAGAUGGAAUGGAGACCAUAAGAGAACUCUUGUGA